UGAUACCAAUAGUGCUUUGCCUGGCAGAAACCCUGGCUCAUUCGUCGUCAUGUCAGCAACAUAUCACGUGGUACCGCGUUUCACCCCUGGCUAGUGUGUAAAGUCUGGAAAGCGCACCAUAACAUCUCACCUGCAACAAGUAGGUAUUCCCAGUCUUGACGGAGCCGGAGAUGGCUUCAAAUUGGCCUAUCCUAGAUACCCACCCGUAGUUACCAAGUCCUUGUUCAGCUGCGCCUUCCUUCCAACACUGUGGUUAUGCUGACCGCUGAGGGAAGUCACACCUGGGAGUUUGUAGAGAUUGCUAGGCUUCAGCAGCCACGGCGCGCCACGCUCCUAAAACUGAAACGUUCUUGCCCAAAGACACUUUCAGGACGUUUGUAGCUUCAAAGUCGUCGCACAGGUCUGCAAACGACUUCGGCCUUCAACACCUCUACCAUUAAUUGUGUCAUACUUGGACUCAUUCCUUCUAUUAUUUGCCUUCUUUUGCCCGCCCACUCUUGUUCCUGUCUUGUUUCCCCAUCUUUCUGUGUGUAUUUGUCUCGUUUGGUUCCAAACAUCGUUAGAAAUUACAUCUAUCUGCCCUCAUCAACCCGGCCAAGUCUCCAGCAAGGCGGAGUCCACUAACCUCCCAAUCCUUUCGCCAUGUUCCAAGGUUACCGGAAGCGAGCAGCAUCCUCUGGGAGGGGAAGGACGCAGUGGGUGAGCAAGAGAGCUCGACCUGGUAAUGACCCCGGGUUCAACUCGAGUCAACCCCCUGCCACACCCAGAUCCCUAUCGUCGUCAGUUCCGUCACAUCGCAAUCCACCAUCUUCGCAGGGCUCUUCAACCCAACUGCAUCUUGGCGCAACGUCUGAAGAACCCAUUACCAUUGAUGAUGACGACGAAAGCGGUGUUCCUACCGAACCUCCACCCCUGGAGUUCUAUGGGAGUAUGGAGCAGAAGAUCGUCGGAGUCCGCUACUACAAUGGUAUUGUGACUCCAGGCGAAUCGAUCCUAUGCCGCCGUGAACGCGAAAACCAAUAUGAUAGCAACGCUGUUCGGGUUGACGACGUCAUGGGGGGCCAGAUCGGACACCUGCCCCGCAACCUUGUCCAGAAAUUGGCACCUUACCUAGAUAGAGGUGACAUUGUGCUCGAAGGAAUCCUCACUGGCCAAAAAACUCCGUUUGACUGUCCCAUUCGUCUCUACCUCUAUGGAACGAGCAACACAACAGCCCGUCUAGAACUUGAGGCCAAGUUGAAAGCCGAUAAGCUGCUGAAAGCCACACAGCUCAAGAACACUAGGCAAGAAGCUGAAGCCCAACGAGCCAUCGCCAAUGAAUCCAAAGGGGAUGAAUCGGCCUCUGCCCUUGGCUUGGGCUCGUCUGACUUUAGCCAGUCGCAGCCAGCGCUUUUGGAAGAAAGUGAAGCCGUGGAUUUCCGUGCGGACCCAAGCGCACUUGAUGUGCUCAAUAUGGACGAAGCAGCGCUAUCGGCCAUGCCCCAAGCGCCACAGCCCGAUGCAAUCAAGUCAACGCUUUUGUUUCAUCAACUCCAGGGGCUCGCUUGGAUGAGAGCCAAAGAGAACCCCCAACUCCCGGCACCCGAUUCGACUGAUGUCGUUCAGUUGUGGAAGCGCACGAAUGGGGGCAACUUUCAGAACCUUGCCUCCGGUCAUGUCACAAACGCGCGUCCUCGCCUCCUGUCUGGUGGUAUUCUUACUGACGAUAUGGGUCUCGGUAAAACUCUUCAAACAAUUAGCUUAGUCAUGAGUGAAGGUUUCGAAGAAGGUCCCACCUUGAUCGUUGCUCCAACUGGUGUUCUUAGCAACUGGGAACAGCAGUUUAAGGAACAUGUGAAGGAAGACCGAGUACCUCGUGUGUUAAGAUGUCACGGGUCGUCCAAGUAUCACCAACUGAAUAAAUCCGAUCUGCUUCAAUAUGACGUUGUCAUCACUAGCUACGGGUUGCUUGCAAGCCAAUUUAAAUCAGCAAACUGGACUGCCCUGUUCGGGCUGACCUGGCGUCGUGUAGUACUUGACGAAGGUCACGUCAUCAGAAAUCCCAACACCAAGAGUGCGCAAGCCGCGUGCAAGCUUCAAGCCAAGUCACGAUGGAUCUUGAGUGGUACCCCAUUUGUCAACAAUACAACCGACUUCUGGUCUGCUCUUCUUUUCCUCAAGAUAAGUGGAGGAAUCCAAGAAAAGAGUAUCUUCAAUAGUAGGAUUGCCCGGCCACUCGAAGGUAUUGUGAAGGACAAAAACAACACGGUUCGCCUCAAAAUUCGUGGUGAGGCUCAAGCUCUCUUCCAAGCCUUAGUCCAGGAUUUGUGUCUUCGUCGCAAGAAAGACAUGGCAUUCAUCAACCUGCGUAUGCCGGAAAAAUCCGAAUAUGUGCAUCGCGUUCGGUUCACGAAGCUGGAGCAGCUCAGAUAUGAAGAAAUUCUCGGGGAAGCUCGCGAGGUUUUGCAGCAGUUCGUUGCUAGAUCAUACGAUAAAAAGGCAAAGAAGCGCAAACGUGACCGUGACACCGACGGCGGAAAGGAAGUCAAGUUCGCGAACGUUCUGGAAACACUUCUACGCCUGAGACAGAUGUGCGAUCACUGGUCUCUCACUGGGUCUCGAGUCAAGGAUAUUCUGGCGAAACUCGGCGAGGAUUCCCUUGUAGCAUUGACACCCGAGAACAUACAGAUCUUAAUUGAUGCUCUGGCUGAAGCCAUUCGCAUCGGCGAGGAUUGCCCAAUCUGCUACGACCCGAUUCAGACCCACGAUCCAGUCAUCACUGCUUGCAAACAUCGCUUUGGAAGGACAUGUAUUCUUGAUGCACUCAAGAGACAAGAGCGGUGUCCAAUGUGCCGUCAAGAACUGACAGGAGACGGUUUGCUUGGUCCUCGGCCACUUGACGCGGAAAUUCCUACAGGCGCGGACGUGGACUCUGAUCGACGAAGUUCAAAAACGGAUCAACUUGAGGCACUCGUAGAAAAGCAUCUUCAAGAUCCCGAAUCUAAAGUGGUUAUAUUCUCUCAGUGGACGUCAUUUCUCGACAUUAUCGAAACUCUUCUUGUUGAGAAGAAGGUCGAAUGCGCUCGGCUUGAAGGGAAAAUGAAUAUAAAACAAAGGGACGAAGCUGUCUCAAGAUUGAAUAACGAUCCCGAGACACGAGUUAUGCUUGCCAGUCUACACGCGGCUGGAGUUGGUGUCAAUUUAACCGCCGCAGAUACUGUCAUCCUCACCGAUUGCUGGUGGGCACCAGCUAUUGAGGACCAGGCUGUUGACAGAAUCCAUAGAAUUGGCCAAAAGCGACCUGUCACGGUCUACAAGCUUCUGGUCGAAGGCUCUGUCGAAUACAGGGUUCUCGAUAUCCAGUCCGACAAACGCAAACUGGUGGCGCUGGCAUUCCAGGAUGAAGAUUACAUCCGUAAAGAAGAAGGUGCAGUAUCAGAUAUUCGACAUCUGCUUUACGGAUAAACUUCCUUAGGCAGCUGAGCUGGCUUCGCGUCUCCGAUUCAACAAUAUUUGUAAGAGAAAAGAUCGACUAGGCAUGUCAAGGAUACUUUGUUUUCACGUUGUGAUACCCAAAUAAAUGAGACUCGGGGCCAUGUCAGGAACUUCCUUCUACUAUAGCUUUGUACAUGCAUCAAGCUCUAUUAACCUACUCUUGCAACACACAGCACCAAGGGAAUGUAACGAUACUAUAACUGUUCUACCUACAAUAAGACCAUUGCAUUGCACCUAUUGUCGGUGACGUGAGAAUGUUCCCUGCCAAAGAUAGCCCUGCCUUUCCAUAUGACUACUAAUUAAGCAUAAAGUUUGAUCACGG